AUAAAUAAAUCUGAUUAAUGUAUCCAAAUAGAGCAGCAGAUGUAUAUCCUUAUUUUAGGAAAGGGUCCAAAAGAGACCAGGUUUGCUCCCCAGAUACGGUUUAUGUUUUGUGAUUAUCUGUUUAAGCCCAUAAUCCCUCUCUAAUCAGGAAUAUUCCAUAUCUGCUCACAGAGAAUUUAGUGAAAUUACAUCAAUAUCAGGUUCUUUUGGCAGGAAGAAGGUAACCAUGCCUUUCAGUGUGAGUGAUCAAACUCUGAUCUAAACCAAAGAUGCCUGUCCAUGGCUGCACAAUGCUCGGUGUGCUGCCUCUGCUGCCUCUUCUAAACACGGUGUUGGGCUUCCAGCUGUGUCCCAGCCUCUGCCUAUGCUACGAGUCCUCUGACCUGGUGGACUGCCGGUCUCGUGGUCUGGUCCGGGUCCCUCCCAGUGUCCCCCACGGCACCUGGCUGUUGGAUUUCAGUGGAAACAAGCUGACUGAGGUACACACCAGAUCCUUCGUGGGGCUGUGGUCACUGAAGAUCCUCCUAAUGUCCAACAACAGCAUCCAAACUCUGCAGCCACAGUCUCUGUCGUCACUGCGGUUUCUGGAGAGGCUGGACUUGAGUUUUAACCGGCUGCGUUGGCUCCCUCAGGGCUUCUCUCAGAGUCUGCCCUCCCUCCAGGAGCUCCGGCUGGACCACAACCUGCUGCAGCACCUGGACUCUACCUCGCUGGGUGAUUUUGAAAACCUGAGGAAACUGGACCUCGGUUACAACCGCAUCCAGGCGAUUGAUGUCAGGGCUUUCAGCAGCCUGUAUCGGCUGAGCCUCCUCAACCUGGAAGCAAACAGGCUGAAUGUGCUUAAAGAUGGCCUGCUUAGCAGGCAGCGACGCCUGGAGGUGCUGCUGCUCAGCCACAACAACAUCUCGCUGAUCGAGAACGAGGCUCUGGCUCCUUUGCAGAGUCUGACUCUGCUGGGUCUUAAGGGAAACCAGCUGGAGCACAUCAGGUUCAAGACCUUCCUGAAGCUCCAGACCACCACCCACCUUCAACUAUCCUCCAACCACUGGACCUGUGACUGCGAGCUGCAGCGCGUCUUUGGCAAGAUCCAACGUGUUCAGCAUCUGCAUGUGGACGACUACAAGGACAUCAUCUGCCACGCUCCUGCUCAGCAUGCCGGGAGCUUCCUGGAAUCACUGGACAGCCAGCUGUGUAUCACUGAGACAGCAUCUGUGCUGGUCAUCACCAUCACUGUGGUGCUGGCUGUGAUUGGUACCCUGGUCAAAGGGGAGCACAACUGGAAGACGAACAAACAAGCUGUAAGUGAUACAGAGCCAGAAAGAUAACCAAUCUCCCCCUGAGCCUAUCAGUGCUGGCCUGGUGUACCUUCUCCCCGACCUCAGCAGGGAGUAAAUGCUGUUACCUGAGUGGUUUGGAUGUUUAAUGAUUCUCCUAGCCGUUUUCUUGAAACACCUGGUGUAAAUAUCCAUUAGACAGGGUAUGUCCGCCUAUUGUAUGUUUUUUUACAUACUAUACUAUGACUUUUUAAUGGCAUUUUACAAUUUUUUUUAUUUUAUUUUCAUGACUAUUUCAACAUAUGGCUUUUUUUAUGUCCUACUAUACCAUUUAACAGGCUUUUUACAGGGUUUAUACGUUUUGAAAAAACCUGGAAAAGUUAUGGAAUUUGAAAAAUG